UCUCCGCCUCUCGACUACUCUCGCCCGUCCCCUUCCGUUUCCACCCAAGCAGACCGCCGGCGGGCGGCCUCCACACCCCCGCCUCCCACUUCUUCCUCCCUUGCUCGGCCGGCUCCGGCGACUCCUAUCCGCAUGCCUGGAGCCCCCACGCGCUCCUUCUCCCCCAACAUUGACCCCCUCGAGUCUCGACUGAAGCAAACCCUAGCCUCCCGUGCGCCUCGUGCAAAUGGAUGCGGCGGGUCCUAGCCCGAAGCGGAGGAGAUCGGCCUCGCCCGGUGUGGAAGAAGACGGAGGAUGCGCCGACUACAUCAGCGCCCUCCCCGACGCCGUGCUUGGCGACAUCAUCUCCCUCCUCCCCACCAAGGAAGGCGCCCGCACCCGAAUCCUCGCGUCCCGGUGGCGCGACCUCUGGCUCUCCGCCCCUCUUAAUCUCGACUGCCGUGAGCUCACCGCCGGCAGGAAUGAAGUUCGCUCCGACGUCGUCUCCCGCAUCCUUUCCUCCCACCGGGGACCCGGCCGUCGUCUCUACAUCAACACCUGCAUCCACUGGAUACCAGCAGACACCGUGGAAGCUUGCCUCCGAUCCGCCGCUCUGGACAACCUUGAGGAGCUUGAUUUCAUCAACCAUCUGUUAGAGAAACCACAGCGGGCAUUGAUCCUCCGCUUCUCGCCCACCCUCCGUGUUGCCAACAUUGGUGGAUGCAACCUCUCGGACGUCAACUUCCAUGAGCUCCACCUUCACUUCCCCUUGCUUAAGCAGCUCGGUCUUGUAAAUGUCAUGAUCUCGGAGAGCUCGCUGCAUAGCCUGAUUGCCGGGUGCCCAGCUCUCGAGUGCUUGCUGAUUGACAUGUGCUCUGGCUUCCGCCGCAUCCGAAUAAACUCCCCAACUAUUAGAUGCAUGGCUGUGAGAGAAUAUGGGAUACCGAUAGAGUCACUGCUGCUUGAACAAAUCGUCAUUGAGAAAGCUCCUUGUCUUGUGAGGCUGCUUUUUGAGAGGGGCAGUAUUCUGCAGGUAACCGUACUCGCAGCUCCUAAACUGGAGACUUUAGGCUUCAUUAGUGAUAAGUGCAGGUCAGGUGAAUUGUCCAGACUCAUGAUUGGCUCCACUGUUAUUCAGGUAUGUCCUAUGGCUUCUCAGUUGCAUUUCUAUGCGCAGAAAAAUUGCCUAUCACCUGACCUGUGCACUGGCCUAAUAUUGUGGCUUUCAUACUUGAUAAAGGGAUUGUGUGUUGAUAACCUGAUAACAGUGGUACAAACUGUCAAGAUUUUGGCUCUUGAUAUGCACAAUCUUAGUUUGGAUACUGUUAUUGAAUUGAUGAGAUGCUUUCCGUGCUUGGAGAAGUUGUACAUUCAGUCAUUUCAAUCAAGACCGGGGAAUUUGUGGCGUCGUAAACACCGGAAUCUGUUAAAAUGUUUUGACAUGAGUCUGAAGACGUUAGUGUUACAACUAUAUCGGGGGAAGAAGUCGCAAAUUAACUUUCUUACAUUCUUUGUAUUGAAUGCGAAAGUGCUAGAGUCAGUGACACUUGGCAUCACAACCAGGAAUAACAAUGAGAAGUUCUUGGCAGAACAACGCAGGAAGCUUGAGCUGGAGAACAGGGUUUCCAGAGAUGCUCAGUUUCAUUUUAGAACUGGUAGUUGUGUCCGCAGUUCUUAUGAUAUCAAGCAUAUCGGUGAUUUGGAUUUAACUGAUCCAUUUGCACAUAUGUAGCUACUUGUUCUUGCCGGUUGGCCUAUUUCAUUUUGUGUGUUGUCAAACCUGAGUGGUUAGCGUGUUUUUACUACCUUUUGAGUUUGUAUCAUCUGGUACCUUAGUAGAAUUCGAGAGACUAUUGUUUAUGAUACUUUUGUCAGACGGGGCACAUGUUUGCAACCCUGUGCUAGUUUACAUUAACUCCGGUGUUGGUGUUA